CCCCAUAGCUCAGAAAUUAAAUAUUUAUACAUUUUCACUUACCCACACCCACCAUGUCUUCUACACAAGAUUUACAAAGCGCGCUAGACACCCUCUAUGCCAAGUAUGCAACACUUCGCACCGACUCCUCCACCAAAGACUUCGAUGACUUUGCCGCUCUAUUUGCAAGCGACUGCGAGGUAUACCUCCGAAGCAUGAGAGAGCAUAAGACGCCCGCUCGCAGCCACGCUGAAAUUGUCGAGCAUCUGCAAGAUAUCCUAAAGGACCAGUUCCUCUCCAAGUAUCGGGUUGUUAGCCAGGGCUUUGACGAAGCAAGUCGUCGGGUCUAUACGGAACUGGCCAAUGACUAUAACAUCCAUGGAAAAGUGCUGCCUUCUUUCGCUGAGACGUGCAUCGCAACUUUUGACAGUGACGGUCGAAUCAAGACAUUCAAGCUAUAUAGCUGUCGCAGUGACCUAGUAUUUCUUAUACAGAAAGCCACUGGUCAGGGUCCGUACAGCCAAGAGUAUCUCGAUCAUGAGACAGUUGAUUGCUGUUAAUUAUGUUAGAUAAUUUCCUGUAAUAAUUAUCUCGCUGGGAGUUUACUGGAGGUUCGUUUGGCCUGACGAACUCUCGGGUAGUUUCUAGUGUGUGGACCCUUUCCCCGCGCUGGAUGCUUUCUUCGUAAAGGAUAGCUUAUUAUUAAAUAUUAAAUAGGCGAUAUAAUGAAAAUGGGGAAAAUAAAUGAUUUAUUAAUAAUAGCUACGGUGACCGAAAUAUGCGGCUGUAGAAUCAGAACGUAAAGGUAGAGUGCAAGUUACCCUUGGCAAUACUUCCUUACCCAACCGACUCCGAGAGUAUGCAUCUAAAUUGCCCAAUAUACUGAUACGCUCGCCUUCUCGACUGUGUUUGCCCAGCCUGGAAAUCUAGCCUUUGCCCAAAGGGUGACAACGUCUCCAACCGCUAGAUGCCUUACAAACUCUCCAUUCUUUGUUGCGCCGCCUCUGCCAGCAGCCUUGAGAUCCACAGCCGCCUCAGAAUCUUCACUCGUGUAGUCAUUAUAGCUCCAGACAAUCUCAUGGUCUUGUGAUGCUGGAACGGCCCGUUUGUUCUUCUGGACAAGCCACCCUGGCGCAGGCUCUAGCCGGAAGUUAAGGCUCGGUGUUUCACCUUCAGUCAACGUGGGAUAUACCGAUCGGAGAGCCGCGUCAUUGAGCUUAAAGUCCUGGCCAGGGUCUGCGGUUUCUCCAGUUGCGCCAUCCUUCUCCAGAACCUCCAGUCCAGCUUCAAACCAUGUCCAUGAAGCAUCAUAUGGUCCGAGGUUUUGGCCGCGUUCGCCACUCCAACCUUGGUCGUGGCUGCGAAUGUUGAACACCACCUUGCGCACUGGAUUCACCAGACGCGGUAGAGGGUAAUUUGCCAGCUUUGCAUAAGCGUCGCGGUUCACGGGGCUUUCAAUUGGAAUAGGUUCGGGUGUCUUGCCAUGCCAAACCUCGCUGUGAUUGUAUUCUUCCACUUCUUCGUCCGAAUUCCAGGUGCAGGUGUUAAACUGGCCGCCGUGAUCAUUAACUAAGCCAAUAGGCAAGGUGCG